UACCUUACCCAUUACCCAACCACAAGACAUCCCUUCCGUGAUGGUCUCUCAUUGAUUGAUCAGUGAUGAGGGUGGGGCCUGGUCAAUGGGGCGUGGGCCUCUUCCGUUCGCAUCUGGAAUCUCGAGUGGAGCGCACCGUCCGAAUUGUCUGCGCGAAUAAACGGAGGGUGGUGAGCUCGGCGGCUGUAGACGACGCAGCUGUUGCUUUUGUACUCCACUCGGGAAGCGCCCUCUGGGAAACAACGGCAAGUAAAUUAUCUUCGUUGACAAUGACUAUAGCGAUAUCAUCAUAAAUAUAUGAAUGAGAAAAUAGAAUUGAAAAAGUAAAUCAAUGGUACAGAAAGGUAGUAUGUCCAGGACGCCUUCGACCUCAACCCAGGAGAUCCAAAUGGACAUGUUUGAUCAACAUCCUCACACACAGGGAAAGUAUUCCAAGCGGAAGAGCCGCUUCAAGCGCUCCGAUGGAAGCACCUCCUCUGACACCACCUCCAACAGCUUUGUCCGGCAGGGCUCUGCCGACUCCUACACCAGCCGGCCGUCGGACUCAGAUGUGUCCCUGGAGGAGGACCCAGAGGCACUGAGGAAGGAGGCAGACCUACAGGCCUUGGCCACCCUCGAGAAAGCUAAGACCAAACCGGUGGCCUUUGCUGUGCGGACGAAUGUGGGCUACAACUCUGGGCCCAACGACGACGUCCCAGUGCAGGGCAUGGCCAUCUCCUUUGAAGCCAAAGACUUCCUACACAUCAAAGAGAAGUACAAUAAUGACUGGUGGAUCGGGCGUCUGGUGAAGGAGGGCUGUGAGGUGGGGUUCAUCCCCAGCCCAGUCAAACUGGAGAACACCAGGCUACUGCAGGAGCAGAAGAUGAGACAGAACCGCCUCAGCUCCAGCAAAUCUGGUGGCAGCUCCAGCCUGGACGUUGCCACGGGAACACGCAGGCCCACCCCUCCUGGCACAGCUCAUGUGGAUAUGUCCACGAUGGCUUUUGACCUUGACCCCCUGGACCUGGAUGCCGAGGAGCCCCCUGAGCCCCAGGGUGACCCUCGCUCCCCCAAAGGCAGCGCAGGCAGCGUCACCUCCCCCCAGGGCCAAAUCCACCGCCUGCCCUUCUUUAAGAAGAUGGAGCAUGUCCCCCCGUACGACGUGGUCCCCUCCAUGAGACCCAUCAUUCUAGUGGGGCCGUCACUGAAGGGCUACGAGGUGACUGACAUGAUGCAAAAGGCUCUCUUUGACUUUCUCAAGCACAAGUUUGAGGGCAGGAUAUCCAUCACCCGGGUGACAGCAGACAUCUCCCUUGCCAAGCGCUCGGUCCUCAACAACCCCAGUAAACACACCAUCAUCGAGCGCUCCAGCACCCGCUCCAGCCUGGCGGAGGUGCAGAGUGAAAUUGAGCGUAUCUUUGAGCUGGCCCGCACCCUGCAGCUGGUUGCCCUAGACGCAGACACCAUUAACCACCCCUCUCAGCUGGCUAAGACCUCCCUGGCUCCUAUCAUCGUCUACAUCAAAAUAGCCUCACCGAAGGUCCUCCAGAGGCUCAUUAAAUCCCGGGGGAAGUCCCAGGCCAAACACCUGAACGUGCAGAUGGUGGCAGCAGACAAGCUGGCCCAGUGCCCCCCUGAGCUGUUUGACAUCAUCCUGGAUGAGAACCAGCUGGAGGACGCCUGUGAGCAUCUGGCUGACUACCUGGAGGCCUACUGGAAGGCCACGCACCCCCCCAGCAGUAACCCCCCCAACCCCCUCCUCAACCGCACAAUGGCCACGGCCGCCCUGGCCGCCUCCCCAGAGCCCGUCUCCAACCUGCAGGGGCCAUACCUGGUGCACGGAGAACAGAAGCGGGAAGGGCCUCGUUCGGAGUGCGGUGGCAGCGGCAGUCUCCAUGACUACCAGAGUGAGGGAGGGAAGCAGCAACAGCAGCAGCAGCAGAAGCAGCAGACCUACCUGCACUCCUCUCGGGGCCACCUACGGGGAGGGGGUGGGAGGGGCCUGUCCCGGCAGGACACCUUUGACUCAGAGACGCAGGGCAGUCGGGAUUCGGCCUACACUGAAGCAGGGGACUCUUGCAUGGACAUUGAGACCGACCCUUACGAGGAGUCUGAGAUGUACCGCGGGGUAGGGGGCGGGGGCAGCCGCCUCCACCUGGCCCAGCACCACGGCCGCCAGGCCUCCUGGGAAGACGAGGGGGCCGAGCCGGAUCAGGAGAACCUCAACCACCCUCCCAUGCCCUCCCACACCCAGCCUGAGCAACACAGCCGGGCCAAGCUAAGGGAGAGGUACUGCCAGGAACCCGGGGACACCGGGGCAAACAUGGGCCGCAACAAGAACCAGGAGGACUGGGGGAGGGACGUGUACAUCCGCUGAACACACACCAUGACGCAUGGGCUAGGAGGCUGAUGGACAGACUGGGGAAGGGAGGGAGGGAGGAAAGGGGUUUCAUGGUUAGGGCUAGGGCUAGGGGGGUUAGCGGGGAGAGGAGGGUGGGUUUGGGGGCCAUGCCAAUCAGAAGCCCAUUAAUUAAUCUGUUUACAACCCUUAUUAAAGAGGUACUUUUCUCAUUGUUGAGUACGCUGUAAAGAAAAAAACUACUGCCAGAUGCCAUACACCUCAUCCAAUUAUUUUAGCUAUAUUCAAUUUAUUUAUGUUUUGAGGAAAAAAAGCAGUUUGGAGGGUCUCUUUUUAGUUUAUUUUGUUAGUACUACUGCAUGAAUACCACGGAAUCCUACUGAACUGACAGCACGAGGACAGUUAUCAUUAUGAUUGUGAAUUUAUGAUUGUGAUCUGUAUGGCUCAAUCUCUGUAGUGUAGAAUGUGAAGGCUGAUAGAGCUGUAGUCUGUCGUGUCUGUCCUCUGUCGUCUUAAACAGGGUUGUAUGUCCCAUGUACAGUACAGAGCAUCAGGGUCUCUAUCCCCACAGCUUCAGAGGCUCAGCUUCCGGAUUCAGACACUUUCAGGAUGGAUCCUAAGCUUUUUGAGUCCCUCUCCUCCGAUUCCUCAUCACCCAGACCUUAAAAGCUAUCUGGAUGGAAAAGUUGCCAUAAAUGUCUUUAGAAUAGUUUAUUGAGAUAAUUGGUUUUAUUCGUUUUGACGCUUACCUUAAUGUUACGAAUAAAAGGAAACACCCCAAAGAUACUACUUCUUCUUCCCUAACCGGCUUCAGCCAUAGCAUUUAAAUAGAACUGUAUUUGUCUGGUCUGGUUUUCCACAUCUGUUUCCUGCUAUCUUAGGGAUACUGUCUGUCUGUGGGUGAUAGCUUCGCUCGUGUAGUAUACAUUUGUCUUUUCGAAUGUGGUACAGUUCAUAAGCCGCACUACAGUAGUCGUCGCGUGAAUGAAAUAUCUUACCUAAUUGUCUCUCACACCGUCAGACUUUACUUCAAGAAAACUCCAAUCACAAGUGCCGGAAUGUUUCGCCAAGCCACGUCCACCAUUGUCAUGGCGGGAUGUCUUAACUCUUGUCACACUCGCUGUUUUCAUAUCUGUGUGUCUCUACUGUAUGUGUCUUCUUGGCUUUUACUACCCUGCACUGAAGCCAACCCUUGUUGCUCCAGCACGAUGUCCACCACCAUCUUGUUUUCUCUGCACCAGCUUUGUGUCGUUUACUUGUUGUAGGGCACACUAACAGUUAUAUACGAGUUGUUUUGCGUGGUAAAUCACUUCAAAUGUUCAACCAAACAGCUAGCAUGUCUGAAUGUCAGAUGCCAUGCACUUCCCUUCUUGAUUUCUGACUGACUUUAGUGUCGUUUUUCCUGUGGACAUUUGUAUUUUAUAAGGUCUUCAGUUAUUUAGCCCUAGUGAGAAGAGUGUAAAGGGGGGCGGGGAUAGGUACACAACAUGGUCUUCAACUCAGUUGACUCUAAAUGGAGGAUCCACAAAUGUUUUUGGUGGGCUCCUUCUGCCCACACCUUUCUUCAGUCAAAUAAAUAAAUAUUCAAUAAGGAUUCGUAAAUAAUGUUUAUUGUUGCGUUAUUGCAAUUGUUAAAAAGAUGGAAGAACAUUUAUAAUUGGUGCCUGAUUGUAGCUACAUUGAGCUUUUUCUGCCUUUCAUUUUUAAUCUGUGGAUAAAUUCGUAUUUUAAUUAAAAUUUUCAUCAGGAAAAAAAAAAGAUGCUUGGGAAUUUCAUUGUGUCACUCCUUUGAUCAAAUCAAAUUAAUUUUAUUGGUCACAUACACAUGUUUAGCAGAGGUUAAUGCGAGUGUAGCGAAAUGCUUGUGCUUAUAGUUCCGACAGUGCAGCAAUAUCUAACAAGUAAUCUAACAAUUCCACAACAACUACCUAAUACACACAAAUCUAAAGGGAUGGAAUAAGAAUAUGUACAUAUAAAUAUAUGGAUGACCGAGUGACAUAGGCAAGAUGCAAUAGAUGGUAUAAGAUACAGUAUAUGCAUAAAUGACUUAAAUGUAAAUGUAAAUGUAAAUAUGAGAUGAGUAAUGUAAGAUAUGUAAACAUUAUUAAAGUGGCAUUAUUAAAGUGA